AAUAUUUGAUGACCAUUAAUUCUGUGCUGUUGGCCUGUUGCUGUUAUGUAGCGAAUGAUGAGGUUACCUGACAUUAAAUGGUUUCUAAUACAGAAAAAUAUCUAACAAAAAUCUGAAAUUUUGUAAUAUAAUGGCUACGAAAGGUUCACAUUACACACCCUUAGGUACUGAUGGAACGGACCAUGCCUAUAGACAACGUAUUGCUGCUCAAUAUCAAAUAAGUGCUUUGAACAAAUCAAGACUUAAAUAUUGUAUAUUUUUUCAUUACCUAUUAUUCUUUGCAAUGUUGGGAAAAUUAUCAUCUGAUAUUCUAGACAGAUUAGAUGUAUUUAUUUUAGAGAUUGAGGAACUAAGAAUUCCACAACCGUUAUGGUGGGAGUAUGCCUGGUGUGUUAGUUUAAUGCUUUCUUUCCUAUGCCUGGCUGCCAUAAAAAAGAAUCGAGUAAAACCUAUGAAUCAGUAUAUUGCAGGUUUAAUUGUGUUUGGUUUCAUUCCACUUCUAUAUGCAGUUAUUUAUUAUUUCAAAGACGUUAUUGUCUACUUGAUGGCUAAUAAUGAGGAAGAUCUUGAAGAUGUACAGUUCUGGCAGGGUUACCCCUAUGGUCUUCUUUGGUAUGCUUUUAUACUCCUAGCACUACAAGUUCACAUAUUUUCUAUUUAUUUUGCAUGGAAUCUCUUACAAGCAUGGAAAUCAAAGGGACUCAAGAAAACCGACUGAACAUUCUCCAGACUACUUCUGGCAACCAUUCACCUCCUGUUUGUCAUAGCAAUAGAAAAGACAAUGUUGCUCAUUCACAAUUUCUUGUUUGACACAGAAAUUCUAUGUAUGUUUUCUUGGUGGAUUGAUUGUUGAAUUUUAUUAAACAAUUUAUUUUUAA